AUGGGUUUUCUGUUACUUGUGUCACUAGGUUUACUAUCGCUUGCAUCCAUUAAUUAUGUGGUUGUUGCUGCCAUUGGUACUCGGUGCAACCCUGCCAUUGGUUAUGUGGCUCUUCAUGCGGUCGGUAUUCAGUCUGUUGCGUCCAUUGGUUAUGUGGCUCCUUCUGCCAUUAAUAUUCGGUCUCUUGUGUCCAUUGGUUGCCUGGCUGCUCCUGCCAUUGAUGUUCAUUAUGUUGUGCCCAUUGGUUGUUUGGGUGCUGCUGUAAUUGUUGUUCGGUAUGUUGCGUCCAUUGGUUCUCUGGCUCAUGCUGCCAUUGGUUUUCGGUCGCUUGCUUCGGUUACCUCUUCUUUCGCUUUUGUCCCACUCCCUGAUACCCCCGAGGGUUAA